AUGUCCAGUACAUCACCCACCUCACCACCAUCGUCAAGUCCUGCCUGUACUCUCUCCUCUUUGGAUCAUCUCGUCCUCACUGUCCGUUCAAUUCCAGCAUCUAUCAGGUUCUACACGUCUGUCCUGGGGAUGGCGCAUCAAUCCUUCACUCCGCCAUCCGACACUACUGGCACUGCACGUCAUGCGCUCCUGUUCGGUGGCUCCAAGAUUAACCUCCAUGAGGCCGGCAAGGAGUUCGAGCCAAAGGCACAUGUCCCGGCACCUGGUAGUGCGGACCUCUGCUUCCUAACUGAUUCGGCGGUCGAGGAAGUUGUCGGGCGCCUAAAGGAGAUGGGCGUAGAGGUCUUGGCCUUUGACGGAGAGGAGGUAGUGAAGAAGACAGGGGCUAGAAGCCUUCUCAGAAGCAUAUAUAUCAGAGAUCCGGAUGGGAACCUGAUCGAGUAG